CUUGGCACAAUCUACGAUCGAACGCAGCUGCGUGCUCUUGUAGACUACCACGAUAAUGUCGUGCAUGUCCUCACGAGCGACGAGGCUCGCAUCCUUAAAGGGGGUCUGGAUUUUGCAUUUGUUAGGGUUGACAAGGUUAUGACGCCUCUUGAUCGAGUGUGCGGGCUGGAGAUUGACACAAAGUUGACAUUUGAUGUGCUUUCCCAUAUUCUCUCAUGUGGAUUCUCAAGAAUUCCAGUUCUAGAUCGUACUACCCCGCAAUGCAUCGUUGGUUUGCUCUAUGUCAAAGAUCUUGCUUUAUUUGAUCCUUACGCGGAAGUUGAGGUGCGAACCCUGCUGCAUCUCUUUGGUCGAAAUGUUUAUGCUGUUGACGAAGACACAGCUCUUCUGGAUUUGCUAACUGCAUUUAAAAAGGGCCAUACGCAUUUGGCCGUCGUGAGGAGUGUGGAAUGUGUUGGUGUUGGCGAUCCCUAUUACCGCCACGUCGGCAUUAUUACUUUGGAGGAUAUCAUCGAGGAGAUCCUGCAGGACGAAAUUCACGAUGAAUUCGACCACGACAAGCAGCAGCAAGCGGAGGCUCCGCAGAUUGUCGGUCCGUCCUCUUCGGCGACUGCAGCGAAAGACUCCAGGCGACAGCUCGCCGCACAUACUCCCGAAGAAGCAACCUUGAUUGCUUCGAAAACGAAGCCUUCGCAACAGCAGGCAACGAAGUGCCCCCCGGAGGACUCAAACGCCCCCACGGGAGCUUCCAGUGCAGUCAUCAUUCAAAUGACAGCCCAGCAGUCGCAACAGCAGCAGUCGCAACAGCAGCAGCAGUCGCAACAGCAGCAGCAGCAGCAGCAGCAGCAGCAAUCGCUGCUGCUGCAGCACCAGCGAAGGGGGGUACUUGGAGAAGACGCGCAUUGGAAGAGUUGUGACGGAUGUCAGAGGGCGCACAUGCUGGGCUGUGGUCUCUCGAAGGCGCUAUCUACCGACAGGAGGCCUCUCAAGAUGAUAUCUCCCGUCUAUCAGAACGUGUCUCCCCCGAACAGAGUGAUUGACGAGCACACGAUCCUGAGGGGCCGCAUGAAGCUGAUCGAUCAGUCAGUGGUCGUAGACCACCACGUUCUUCGCAAACAUACAUGCGAAUCAACGGCUAGCGCAAGCGAUACACGCAUCCACUGUGGGGACUGUCGCUCAAAAACUGCCCCAAAGAGAACCUUUCAUAGAUAUUUCGCUCUUUCAUGUGAUGUGCAGCUGCCGCAUGGGGGCGUCUCUGAGCCGUUCGGAAGCUCUUGCUGUCUCGACGUUCUUGUGUUGCGCGGAGCGCUGUUUCCAGCCCCCAACCAUCUCCCCGAUGCUGUUGUUGCUCCUGUUGCAGCACAUGCGUUUGAUCCGCAUUCGCUCUGGCGUGCAGAUUUUCAGUCGAGGCAGCAGAGCCUAUCACGCAGCUCUCGUAUUGCAGGUACAAUGCAGGCUACUGACUCCUGGGCUGCACGCGUUUUUUGA